UUCAUUAGCAUCAACAGUGCCCAACUCCUAUCACCACAUUACCUCCACUUUCUCUAUUGCAGCCACAUGUUUGUCCAGAACCAAGACGAAGCCUUGAUGCCCCAUCGAAUGUGACAGCCCGACUUAGUACAGGUGAGUUUAGGAGCAUGUAUGGUGGGAUCCAUGGAAGUCGUAGGGAUCGCCAAUUUGUUUAUAGCAGAUUCAGACCGUGGUGCUCCUUUGACAUGCAUAACUUUCCUCGGAGAUUCCUCUCAGAUUGCUACUGGCAGCCAUUCUAGAGAGCUCAAAAUUUUUGACUCCAAUAGCAACAAUGUGCUGGAGAGCUACAAUGGCCUCCAGUUUCCCUUGACAAUUGUUCAGUCAUAUCUUUCUAGAGAGACCCAGUUGGUUGUCUCUUCUAAUGCUCAUGAUGUACGACUAUGGGAUGCAUCUUCAGUUUCAAUUGGGCCUUCUCAGAUUGCUGGCAUAGGAACAAUUCAAAAGCAAGGGUUAAAAAAUCAGGUAACGGACGGUAUCAGGUUUUAGAGCUUAUUCGUGCUGAGCAGAGACGACUACUCACUCUACCGACGACGUAGGCGGUUCCUGUACGGUUUAGCAUUGGAUUCCUUUCCAGUGGUUCAUUUCUUAGUGUUGGUUUUAUUUGAGGUCCACCAGAUGGAUUCCCGAAUUGUAUUAGAAUUGGAGAAGUUGGAUGUAUCAUAUUAAUAUUUUAUUUAUAAAAAUUUUAU